CAGUUAACGAAAAUUCUUGUAGAAAACCUUUUCUCUGCAACAUGAUGGGACGGACUCUAGUUUUUUCAAUUCUUAUACUGACACUGAAUAAUUCAUCCGCGCAAAAUCAAUCAUCUACAUCAACAUCCACAACAACUACGGGAUAUCCAUAUACUACAACCACAAGAUAUCCAACUACAACUACGACAUAUCCAUAUACUACCACCACAAGAUAUCCAACUGCAGUUACAGGAUAUUCAACAACAACUACAGGAACUACAACAACAGCUGGUUGUCCUGAAGGAUGGAUUAAUGGCUUGUAUUCAGGAUGCUUCCUACCUAUUCAUCAGGCAACCGGUGUUAACUGGUUACAGGCUACUCAGGUUUGUGAAGAGGUGGGUGGGGUUCUGGCAGAAAUCUAUGAUCCCUCUGUCCAGGAUUUUUUGAAAAGUAUUUUACAGUUUGAAGAAAAUAUCAUUGGAAAAUAUGAUUGGUGGCUAGCACUGAACGAUAUUGGUCACGAGGGAGAGUUCCGCUGGUCUAACGAGAACUACAGUACAUACAGAAACUGGGGACCUAGCCGUCCUACAUAUCCUGAUCAAUACAACCAUGCCGACUGUGUGUACAUGGGAUCAGAAUAUUUCUGGUACGAUGAAAACUGUGAUCGUCAAAGUCCCAACCUUGCUCCACUGUGCUUCAUACCUUUCUCUCAAUAGUCCCAACCUUGCUCCACUGUGCUUCAUACCUUUCUCUCAAUAGCACCAGCAUAUGCUCGAUACUUGAUUUGACAAAAUUUAAGAAAAUUAGUAUUUGUAAUGAUUUUAACUUAAUAAAGAUUAGUUAUAUAGCCA